AUGGCACUCUCAAUGCCCGCCCCGCGCGGCCACUUUCCCUCUCGCUCACACGACAUCUCGCGCAUGCCCCCCUCACCAUGCAAACCCCGCACUCGCCGUAUCUCGAAUAGGCGCCUUGGUACUGGUCUGCCCUCGGGCGGGCCAACACUCCUCUCGACACUGACACCGCUUGGUCCACCCCUCUUCUCGCGGCGUCCACGCAAGUCGAACCCCGCACCAGACACACGGCCGCUCUCACCAAACUCGCCCAACACACCCUACCUGAGUGAGUGGGACCUCGAGCCAGAGGAUGAUCGCGCCGCUCGUCGCCGCACCAUUUCCCUCCCUACGCACGGCCGCAAGGCCAACCCAGCACUGGCCCGAGAUGUACCAAAGGCAAAGUGGCGGCCGUGGGGUUGCAUCGACGCAGGUUCAUACCCGCACAUCCUGGACGGCAUCAUUGCCAACGCCGACUUCCGCCUCCUCCUCGCUCUCCGCGGUGUGAGUAGAGGGUGGUGCGCCCGUGUCGACACCAUCUUGUUUGAGCAUGUGGCUCUAGUCACCCCAGCCGCUAGUCCCCGCCAAGUCGACCGCAGCGUCCAUUCCAAGGUCCGCGUGGCACUGCGCAAGCGAAAGAGCAGCGAAGCUGUUCUCAUGUCGGCGCGCCCCCCACUCCGCCUCCUUCCCGCUCUUCCAGGACAGGUACCAAAGCACGUAAGCGCCAUCCGCAUCCUCGACACGUACGACUACACGCCCACCCAAGCGAUACUCUUUGACGCAAUGGCCAAUGCGGAGGAAGAUUACGCUACUCGUCCCCGAUGGGAUGCGCUCGUGCAAGCCGGGCACGGUCUAUCCAUCUCUCGCUCGGCCUCGCUUCUUAACGGUUCGUUCCCAGUACCAGCACCAACCGUACACGCUCCAACAGCCGUGCACUAUCUUCCGGCAGUCGGCUUGACCCGUGCCACCAUCGGUGUCGACGUCGGCACCUCUCGUGUCAUCCUUCACUUUGUGCCAGUUUUCAUCUCACCCUUUGCGGCCGAAUGCGACACAUGGCUAAUCGAGAGCACAGGCCCUUGUGACGUCGUCUUCGUAUUUGACCGACGCGCGUUCGCUGGCGCUCCAAAUGUCCAGGAUCUGCGAUACAACCUCGCCGCAGGGCUUGCGGAGAGCUUUGAGCUACUCGAGAUUGUUGGCGUGCCACUGCCCAACGUCACGCUUGUGGGUCUCGACGAGCUCAUGGCAGAAAGGCAGUUCCCGCACAGUGAAGGCGACGUCGCGUUCGUCCAGCGCUUCGUAGCCGAGCGCGUCAACGAUGGCGCGGCUGCGUAUGUGUCGGGCAUGACCAUGGCCGAGUGGGAGGCGCGGCCCGGCUCCGAGGCCGCGCUUGAGCGCGCAGCACUCCCAUACGCUCCGGGGCCAUUCGACGAGGACUGA